UGGUCCGCGGGUGGACCCGUAGCCACAGUCUCCUCUGGCGUCUACCGAUUCCCGAGUCGGGAGUCUUGGACCCCGGGCCGAGGUCCAAGAUGUCUGCCAGGCAAGGGAAGCAGAGUGGAGGUUCCUCGCUAGUUGGCGCGGUGACUGUCAGCGACGUCCAGGAGCUGAUGCGGCGCAAGGAUGAGAUUGAGGCACAGAUCCAGGCCAAUUACGACGUGCUGGAGAGCCAAAAAGGAAUUGGGAUGAAUGAGCCACUGGUGGACUCCGAGGGCUACCCCCGGUCGGAUGUGGACCUAUACCAAGUCCGCACUGCCAGGCACAACAUCAUCUGCUUGCAGAAUGAUCACAAGGAAGUGAUGAAGCAGGUGGAGGAGGCCUUGCACCAGCUACAUGCUCGCGACAAGGAGAAGCAGGCCCGGGACAUGGCUGAGGCCCAGGAAGAGGCCAUGAGCCACAAACCAGGGCAAAGUGUGAGCCACAGACCUUCUCAGGCCUUCGCCAAAGUGAACAGCAUCAGCCCUGGCUCCCCAGCCAGCACUGCGGGUCUACAAGUGGAUGAUGAGAUUAUGGAAUUUGGCUCUGUCAACAUCCAAAACUUCCACUCACUGAGUAACAUCAGCACUGUGGUGCAGCACAGUGAGGGGAAGUCUCUGAACGUGGUGGUGAUCCGUAGGGGAGAGAAACACCAGCUCAGACUUGUUCCAACACGCUGGUCAGGAAAAGGAUUGCUGGGUUGCAACAUUAUUCCUCUGCAGAGAUGACUGUCCUUGGGAAACAUUAAUUAACAGGAAAGCAUCUUCUCUUGCCCUGGACUUGUGUCUAGUGGAGAUUUCCUCACUCUCUUCUCUCCCUGAAGCAAAAGGAUCUGGAAGAGGCCGGAAGCCUGAACUUCUAGGUGGUGGAAGCGCUAUGGCCUUCUCAUAUAAUCUCUCUGGAUUAAGGCAUUGUUAGAAAACUUGAUUUCUGCUUAGCAUCUUUUGCAAAUGCCCUGAAUGGGAAUUCUCUGGCUUAAUAACUCUCUUAAUAACUUAAUAACUCUCAGAGUUAUUCUGGAAGGUGCUGAUAUGACCUUUUAGGAUUUUGUUUUAUUUUAUUUUAUUUUCAAAUAAACACAGUUUUACAGUGCUGAUAUGACCAGGUUAUCACCCCACCUGAAUUUCUUAUUACUCUCUCAAACCAAAGCUCAGACAGAACAUCCUCAUAGAAAGUGGGGCAAAACAAACAAGCAAUUGUGCCAAAGUCAGGAUUUGACCAACAUUUUUCUUUGCACUGGAGCACUGCUGGUGUGGCCACAGAAAUUGCUGAAUAGUUCCAUGUAUCCUCAGCAGUUAGGCCUUUAGGGCUGCAGCAGCUUCCUUUGGAGAAUGAGGAAAGCCAGUAGGCUCCCCAGCGAGCCCUGCUAGUCCCUUUUCAGUAAUUUACCAGAGGGCAGCAAGCUCCUUUCACUUGUGGAAUAUAAAGCACUGCAGAUUAGCUUCUAAUUUGACUUUCUGUAAUUGAACCUCAAGGCCCUGCCCUGAGAUCAGCACUAUUUUGUAAACUGCUAAGAUAUGCCUGAUAUUGCUAAUGGGAACUACAGUUUGCAGAUCAGACCUCUUGAAAAUGCUUAUUCCUUCUUUUAUUUUUUCUCUUUUAAAUUGUUGAAAUGGGUCUCUGAUUUCUACUGAUGAUGUGUCUGCAUCUUUCCGUCUCUUUGUGGUAUGACAAUGUUUAUUUCUCCAAUUUUUGUACACCACUUUUCUACAUUCUGCUGAGCAAACCUGUGUUUCUUGGGAUUGGAUUUGCUUGGGUUAGGUGCAGACCCCAGCUUGCCCUUUUGGGAGUCAGUAUUGGUGUAUGCUUCCAGCUAUGAGUUCUUAAAAACAUUUCAACUUGAAAGCGUUCCUGUGGUAUGUCUUCCCUCAAAUUGUGUAUUCCUUUCUUGUAGCUACAGAUUUGCUGUGUUUACCAGUAGUUACUGUUUAAAUUGCAUAUUUUAAUUCCAAGUGUUUCCCAGUUUCCUUUUAUAAGUCCCUGACUAUAAUAAACACAGCUUGUCCAUC